ACUUAAUGUUUACGUAUGUCGUGUACCUAUUUCGUCCCAAAAUCUAAACAUUGAAAUAUUUAAGGAAAAUGGACGAAAACAGCUUAAUCUACGGUCUUGAACUGCAGGCUAGGGCUUUAACACCUCAAUAUGGAGAGAACAAUGAUGUGUGCUUUUUUAUAGCCACCAAUUCCUUGAAACCCACGAACCAAGUGCAUUUAAUUCAGUACGAGGAGGAACAGGUAUCUGUUCAAUCAAAGGUCUUUGAACACGCCUUGGGUGAGGUAUGGAAACUUAAUAGCUGUCCUCAUAAUGCCCGUCUGCUAGCCUCCGUCUACAAUGUCCAAAAGGGAGCGCAGGUGCUAAGCCAAUCAGCUUUACUAACGCUCCCAGAAGAAUUAAACCCGGAUCCGGAACAGCUGAAGUCGGAGUACCUUCCAUGGGAGAAUGUUGAGGUGCUGGACACUGAAUCUCUUGGAGAACGUGUAAAAACCAUCGAGUUCCAUCCUAGCCAAGAUGGAGUUCUAGCUUGCGUCGUGGACAACAAGGUGGCGGUGAUGCAGCGAGCGGAAGCGUCAACCCGCGUAGUAGCCGAAGUUCCGGCGAGUGGGUCCUCUAGUGGAUCUGCUAAACACACGUUACACUUCACUACCGGCAAAUGGUCUCAUCAUCAUCAGGGACACCAGUUCCUCACGCUACAAGAUGGCAACCUUAGUGCUUACGAUGUGAGGGAUACACAGCAUUGUGCCUGGAGCAUCAAUGAUGCCCACGGUCAGAUGGUGCGUGACCUGGACUGCAAUCCUAACAAGCAAUGCCAUUUGGUCACCGGCGGGGAUGAUGGUUACAUGAGGAUCUGGGAUUGUCGGAUGCCCAAGGCUCCCGUUUUUGAACGCUCCGAUCACUCGCAUUGGGUGUGGUCCGUACGCUUUAACACAUUCCAUGACCAGCUUCUGCUCUCAAGCUCCAGUGAUUGCAAAGUUCUGCUCACUUGCGCAGGAUCUGUAAGUUCAGAGACGCAGGUUCAAGCAGGUCUAGAUGAUUCCAAUUUUAGUGGUGCCGAAACUGAGGAGCGGCACAAACUCUUGCCAGAUGGAUUGUUGCAGACCUUUGAUCAACAUGAAGACUCUGUUUACUGCGCUGAGUGGAGCAAUGUGGAUCCCUGGAUCUUUGCUUCUCUCAGCUACGACGGUCGAGUUAUAAUCUCAAAGGUACCCAAGCAGUACAAGUACCAGAUAAUAUUUUAACCUAUUAAGUUCUUAGCGUACACCAUAAAGGUAAAUCUAACUAAACUGUGUCCUUGGUUAUAGCACAUUAUAUAUUAAACGAUUAAGUUAUUAUAAAUUAUAAACAUAUACCAUA